CAUGACAGUUCACAGCAGUGUUUUGGUUUAUUGUGGGUAAAGAGCCGCUCCUGAGGCGUCCUGUCCACUCCAGUCUCCUCUCCUUCCUGUAACCGAGCUCUCAGCAGGCAGGGAGACACUCUUGAACUUCCUGUCUUGAGUUUAUUUGGAGCGAAUUGAGCACAGAGAUGCUCAGAGCUGAGCCCAGCAGGGGGGAAUGUCGAAUGUGUGUUGGUUUAGCUGGACGGCAGCGCCGACAGACCGGACACACAAACCGCUGGCGGUUGGCUCCGCCCACCCCAGGAGAUUUCCUGGGUCAGUCCCAGGUACGGAGAGUGAUGAGGUCGGGGAUCUGCGUCCACAGCCCUCACAGAUCCACGAAAUCAGUGGACACACUCCAGCAGCGGCGUGACGACGCCCCGAGCCAGCCGCCACCACCGCCGUCGCCUCCUCCUCCUCUUCAGGCCCUCACACCCGCCGAACUCUGUAUGUCGCAGAACAUCCAGCUGUCGCACACACCUGCAAAUCCUGAACACGCGUUCCACAUCAUCUCUCAGCAGGUGGUCCAGGACGCUCAACCAGAUGCAGUGCUGGAGUGUUUCGGGAGCAUGUGGGAGCUGCACUGUCCGUACCUGUGUGAAUCCGAGACCCUCGCUGAGCUCUACAGGAAGUCCAAGGAGCAAAGAUACACGCUGCUCCAGGAACGAACCAAGAGUGGUGCAAGAGAGAGGUGUGUGUUGCGAGGAGGCAAGCAGAUGAGACCGAGACCGGAUGGAGGAACGGGGAUGAGUCGAGGCAGCCUCACAUGUCGCACUCCCAUCCUGCUGUCCCUGAACAUAAACAAUCCCUCCGUCACGAAAGAGUCUCUUUCAUUCGCCCUGAGCACUAUGUACAGGCGUGACGAGCGUCCUGAUGAGUGGUGCGAGGCCGUGCUCUGCGCCGCCACCCUGUUGCGUCUCCCCCAGCUUCGACAGAGGUGUCUGAAGGAGAUGAGAUCCAGCAUCAGGUUUUCCACAGUGUGUGACUUACAUCGAAUUUCCUAUAAGUAUAAGCAAGCGAGUCUUCAGGAGGCAUGCGAGCGAUGGCUGGAGCUGUUUCUCGUGAGCGACCUGUCGCAUCACAUCGACCUCAGGGACUUGACCUUUGAGCUCUUGCUCAAAACCCUGCAGUGCCCCAGAGUGUUCACGAGCAACGAAUACGAGCUCCUCAGGACUGUGCUGUACUGGAUUUACCUGCAGUUUAACACCCGGGAACACGCUCUGCCUUCACACAGCACCAUCAUCAGCUUCUUCUGCAGGGCCUCUCAGGUUUUUCUGGAGCAGCUUUCAGGCCAAACGUACGCGCCUCUCUUCCAGGCUCUUCGUCUGCACGGUAUCACCGAGCGACAGCACAUGGAGGAGAUGCAGAAGAUCAACAUGUUCCCUCAUUCCUGGCUCCAGUUGAUCUUCUCGAACCUCGUCUACUCUAUCCACAGCGGAGGCGACAUGCACAUCACCAACUUUUCCAAGCAGGCCGUCCGCUUUGGGAUGACCGUCACCGGGGAACACUGUACUCACACUGUUGGCCUCUAUGGCUUCUACUUCCUGCUCAAAGCUUCCCGAGUUGGAGAAUCCGACGCGUUUGCAUUCUCCAUGGAGAGGUUAAGGCACUGGGACCCAGCGCUAGCUGAGAGCUGGAGGACAACGCAGCCGUUUAGCAUGCGAGCAGAGCGCUGCGUGCGCUAUCAGAUCAGCGUGCAAAGCCGUGUGUGUGGAGAAUGGCAGGAAAGGAGCAGCGGAGAACUCAAUCAAGCGUUUGGCUUGACUAAACGCUGCUGCAAGAGCAAGGUGUUUACGCUCGACGGACUUUGUGUGCCGGCGCUGGUGACGUUUUCCCUGGCCUUCCCAUCAGCAUGAAAUUAUUCAAAAAAUAAUAAUACAGAUGUGUUUCUCCUUCUCAGCUAAUCUUUACUCCUCACCAGAAAGGACACUUUUUAAUGUGCUUACUUUUAUACACACACACAAGUAAAACACUCCGUGUCCUGCUUUUACAGGAAAAUAAUCAACAACCUGGUGUGAUUUACUUUCCUAUCACGGCACGUCCACAAGUCUUUGAUUCCUUUUCUACCACAGCAUGAUGCUUUUUUUUUUUUUUUUAUUUUAUUAAGAGCAACACAUCAGAGUUUUAAUCUAGAGCCCUGCACUCCCGCGGGACCCGACGCAAAGCAGUGCGGCGCGGGACAAAUUUUGAAAGCUCAUUGCAGGCGGGAGGGGGAGUGCACAAUGCAGGAGCGGGCGGGAGAGGUGAUAAGCUGCAGUCCCGCUAACUAAAAACGUGUUUAAAAUAAAAUUUAUAAAUUAUUAAUUUAUGUCUAUCAUAUAUAAUUUGUGCUGGAUAUUUUAUUUGGCAUUAAUAAAAACAUUUUAAGACGCCUGAAUUUGCGGAUGUGGUCCAAUCUCGCGUACGUUUCCGAUUCCUUUCCGCUCUUCCGUGUUUGAGAUCUCCGAUCAUGGCAGAAGAGCAGAGCUCCUCUAGUGAAGCUCACAAUGGGUAUCUCUGUAAAGCGUCAGCUGCGUAUGCCACCUGGCAACGCGCACCCUCGCUACGUGCGCUAGGUGAAGGAUCGGUCAGUGGAGAGCUCAGCUAAGCUCAGCAUGUUUAAUUCCCCAAGCCAAUGACAAGGACUUUCGUGAGAAAUAACGCGAACGUCUGCAUCAUGCGGGAUUUGCGGGCGGGAGCGGGACAAAAUAUGGCGGGCGGGAGCGGGACUGAAAAUCAUAAUUCUUUGCGGGAGCGGGACUGCACAAUGCGGGAGCGGGCGGGAGCGGGACUGAAAAUUCUGUCCCGCGCAGACCUCUAUUUUAAUCCUUUUAUAGUCACAUUUAACGUGAAACAGGUUCGUUCCUGGAGUCACUUGAACAUUAUAGCAGCUAUAAACAGUCAUUCCUUCACCAGCCUCUCUUUAAAAAAAAAAAAACAGCGUGUCACGAGUCACUUUAUCUCUGACUGGUACAAAGCACUGACACCGGAGACUCCAAACAUAAACGGUAGAUAGAGCGUCUACCGGGCACGCCCCUGAGGAUGAGCGGUUACCAUAGAAACCGUCACGGAUCCGGACGAGCACGCUUUUAUGAACCCGAGCUGCUGUUCGAGAGAAUUAAUCAACACCUCACGACUAAUCAGAGUCCAGAACUCGACAGCGCUGUAGCGCCACACCGUGGCGAUGAUGAAUACGGUCGAAGCUUUACUUCAGGGAGAGUACCAAAAAGGCAGAAUUCGUCACUUGUAUCUGUUUUUGUUUUUAUCCUGGACUAAAACGUCACAUUUCGACUUUUUCUCCGAGGUUCUCUGGUGCUGUGAGAAUAGUUUUCCUCCUUCUCUUUAAGUACGUCAGGUCUCCAUUGUUCUCCAGCGCUCCUGUUCGAGAGGAAAGGAAGCGAGCUUUGGACGCGACACAGGAAGUACUCCCUGACCCCGUUCGCCUGGAGUCCAGUUUUCUUUCGAUCCGAGAGCCCUUUCUCACUCCCAAACCUAUUUUAAGAGAACGAGCAAAGCAGGUGAUUCAUCACAAGCGUCGUAGGAGCGGGACGUCAUCUUCACAUCAAUCGUCGAACAGUACGAGGUGCUGGAGGAGAACGUUUAAAGUGAGAAUGUUCCUGAAGAGAUUGUGUAAUACAGUCCAGUCAAGUUUUCCAAAGAAAUCUGAUAUUUAAAAAAAAAAAAAAAGCCCAAAGAGCAACGUGGUGGUUCUCGGUACAGGAAGUGGUCCGUUAUUUACUGUUGGCGUGAGUAAAGAUCUCCAUGAUGAAGGGAGAUUUUUCUGUUCCGAGUUAAGCUUCAGUUAAAUGCAACGUUACUGCAUAGUAGUUUCAACGUUCACAACAAUGCACACUUUUUUUUUUUAACUUCAUGUCGGAGGUUUAGAGUCUUGGGGAUUUCCCACAGGUUGUGGCAUGAUACAACACGCCGCAGAUAUUUCCUUUCAUAACGCUCAAUGAUCGUUUCCUUCUUCUGGAUGAUGGACACAGCAGCUGACUACUGAGUCUUAAUCA